AUGAGACGUUUAGUUAAAAUGGCAAAGAAAUUGCCGUCUUUUGCGGAAUUUAGUAACAGCGGUAAAUUUUCUCUUCUGAAAGCAGCAAUGAUUGAUUUGUUGACACUUAGAGGAGCUUCUCGUUUGGAUUCAGAAAAUCGUUGUUGGAAAAGUCCUCUUUUAAAUAGGGAUAUUCGUUGCAGAAUUGACAUUUUUGAUAGAUUAAAUGAUGAUAUGCAAAAAAGUCGUGUUAUGGAUUUUUACAAAAAACUUCAUCCAAAAUUAAAAUCAGAUCAAGUUGCUAAUAAUUUGAUUAUUGUUGUUGUAUUGUUCAGUCAUUAUGCUGAUACUGAUUUAAGUGCUGAAGACCGGACUUUAGCCGAUAAACAUUACCACAAUCAUAAACAAUUGUUGAGAAGAUAUGUUGAAUCUGCUUAUGGUCCAGAUGAGGCAAAAAUUAUUUAUGAAACGCUUGAUGAAGCGUUCAGUUUGUUAAAGGAUGUAACCAAAAAAGUUCCAGAUUUAUUCCCUCCAGACAAAAUUAACAAAAAACAGGCAGAAGGCUCUCUAUUCCAAGAAUUCUUCCGAAUAAAAACAAAAGAAGAUUCGAAAAUUAAAUUAGAGCCGACAGAGACAACAUCUAAAGAACAAAAAGAAGAAAAAGAGAAGGAGGAUGAAGAAGAGGAUGAAGAGAAUGAAGGGGAAUGUAAAGCUAAAAAAAUAAAAAUUGAAGAAAAUUUGAAAAAAGAAGGAGAGAAAAAGGAAGAAGAAGAAGAAGAAAAUAAAAAUUCUUCUUCCCCUAAAAUUCUUCAUUCAAAUGUUAUUAUUUCCCCAACAUCCACAACAACCACAACAAUUUCUAAAACAACUCCCUCUUCUGCUACAACAAUUAGCAGUGCUUGA